GUAGUCAGCGCUCCAACGUUUGACACGUGUAAUUCAUCAAGACCAUUGAACCGAACGCCCUGGACUUUGAAAACUUGGAGCACGAUAUAGACUCCAUCGAUGCUAAAUACCCCUUCGGCAUUAUCAUGCCCCGAUGCUCCUGCACUGGCUUUCCUAGGUCCGCUCGGAACAUAUUCCCAUCAGGCGGCAUUUGACGCUUUUGGCGAUUGCGUUCAUUAUGUCGCGAAGCAGACCAUCGCCGACGUCUUCGAGUCAUUAUCGUCUGAGCUGCCCUUUGGUAUUAUACCCCAAGAAAAUAGCACCAACGGGUCGGUGAUCGAGACCUACAACCUACUUCGAUGCAGAAUCAUUGGUCGGGACAGUUUCGUGAGAGGGGAGACAAAUAUGCCGAUCGAACAUUCCUUGGUCGUUCGCCAAAAUGUCAAAAUGGAGGACAUCGAACACGUUCUCAGCCACGAGCAAGCGUUAGGCCAGUGUAAGAUGUUUUUGAAGGAGUUCCUUCCAAGAGCAUCGCUUGUGCCGACCGACUCGACUGCGAGUGCUGCUCGUGCAUUGCUCAACCCGCCCUCCAAUGGUUUUGACCCCUUGAAGAGUGCGGCGAUUUGUUCCACGGUCGUGACUUCGUUGUUUCGUGACCUGGAAGUAUUGCGCACUGGCAUUCAAGAUGGAGAAUCGAACACAACACGUUUCUAUAUCGUAUCCUAUGGCACGGAUGCUCGGGUCCCAUGGAAAUCACCACCUACCUAUCAGAGGCGUGCUCUGAUUCGUCUCUUACCUGAUAGAAGCUCAGGAGCAUGGGAUGCUUCACGGGCAAUCAAGGCACUUAACAUGCCAAUCUCACGCAUAGACCGACGACCAUCCCUAGGUUCAAACACCUUUCAUGAUGCAUACUUUCUUGAAGUGUAUGCCGAAGGAGGACAGGAAGAUGAUAUUUCCUGGUUUGAUUGUGUGAACCAGGCUGUCGAAAGAUUAAGGCGAGCAGGUUUUGAAUCUACGGUGCUGGGCAUGUGGUAGCAUUGUGUAGCCAAAAUUACAGAUGUACUCGUUUCAUGUGUGUCAUAACGCAACAUCAAAAUUCAUCCAUCAAGUGCGUGAAGCCGAAAAAGUUGUUAUUGGGGAAGAACCAGAAGUUCACGCUCUAAACCUCCCGCCGAU